GGAGCUGGUGUCGGCGCUGCAGCAGUGCAUCCGCGACUGCGGCUGCCCGCCUGCCGCCGCGCUGGGUCUGGAGGCGCUGGGGGUGCUGGUGGAGGAGGACGUGCUGGACUUCUACGCGGCGUACCGGGUGGUGCACAGGUGGCACCCCCGCCUGCCCGAUCACCCGCUGGUAGCCUCCCGCUGGGUCGCGCUGCUGUCCCACGGGUCACUCGACGCCGAGGCGCACCCCACUCAGGCGGCUGCCGUACUGGACGCCCUGUGGGCCGCUGUACGACACCCCGCGGCGCAGGUCCGCACCGCCGCCUACUCCGCCAUUUCGCGGUACCCGCCUGACCUGCUGGAGAAGCUAGAGGUGCUGCGGCCGCUUCACAGGUACACGGCCCCGCUGCUGUCCGAGACCGACCCACGGGUCCUCCGGGCGGCUCGCAGCCUGGCGGCUGUGGCGCUGCGCUUCGAACAUGCCAACCGUCGCAGACUCCUUCUGACCCAGCCGACUCCCGACUCCGCCGCUGCUCAGUCACCCUCCACCGCCGCCGCUGCUAGCGACGGUCUUGUCACGGACGCAGCCGACAGCGGCGCCGGCGGCGGAAGCAGCAAGGGAGCGGCUUACGCCGCCGCCGCCACAGCCCGCGAGGCCCGGGCUCUCAGGAACCGUCUCCUAAACAGGAUACCCAAGAUGCUCCUGGCCACCUCCGCCGCCUCAAUGGCAACCAGUCGUACCACCGCCGCCGUCGGCGGCGGCGCCGGCAGCUUCCACCCCGGUGCAAUGCUGUUCUGCUAUAGCCACCCGCCGCCGCCGCCACUGCCGCCGGGCGCCAGCGCCGCCGCGACGGCGGCGGCCGCCAAACGUGCCGCCGCGGAGGCGCG